CUUGGUUGCAGCGGCAGCAUCUCUGGGCAAGCAAGUGGAGAAGGGAAGCUUGCCAAGAGAUUAUUUAAAAGCCUAAGCUGAGGAAGAGGGGGGAGGCCACUGUUCUGUGCCUUGCUGGGUGCCAAGUGGACAAAGCUACUGAAGGGCUGAGUGGGAUCUACGUACACUGACUGCGUGGCAUGCAUACACGGCAGGAAGCAAGAAAGCGCGUGGGCCACCCAAGCUGCAGCUGUCCCUGAGCUUUGCUACAGAUGUGCAGCCAUCGCCUUGGCAACAGCAAGGAGGCCUUCUUAGAGACGAGCCCCAGGAUGGGAGGCAGCACCUUUCCGGAUGCUGGCAAGGUGAUGAGGGAAUGUAGCUCCGUACCUCCAAGGAAAGCCUUGCUCUGAUACAGGAUCCUUUCUCCUCCUCCUGAAAUAAAGUGGGUGAGGUUCAUGUCAAGGAGUAAAGGGGACGGGGAGACAUGAUGAUGUUCUACUUCAUGUUUUGUGUCCCUUUCUUCUUCCCUCUUCCCUACCCUCUCUGAAGGAAAGCUACUUGGGCAGUGAUGACAGCCUAAUUUCCUGUGGAAAAAGAAAUUUGUGGAAACAUCUGCCCUAACCUUAAACAAGGAAGGAGUCUCUACUCAUGACAGCCAUGGACUGCUUUUAUUCUACAGCCAAAGCCUUGGAGUUCCAAAAAAGCUGGUUUUUGGGGUUGUGGAUGCAGGAAAAGCCCAAAGGAAAUGGCAGUUUGAUGCUGCACCACUAUCUGUAACUGUUGAAUUACCACAACAAAGCGAGUCUCUGCAGUUUCCAGAGAACUCUGACGGUGCCCUGUGGAAGCUUUGAGGAGCUAAACUUCUUGCCAUCUGUGACCUCUUCACUUAGGGUGUGCUCUAUGCUCUCUUUCUGCCGUUACACAGACUGUGGACAGUGUACUGUCAGUACCAACCAGGCAGGUGGGCAGCCUCUCAAGGUGCAGCCACCAUUGUCCCGGUGACCCUUCCCACCUCCCCUUUCCUCUCAGGCCCACCAUGAAGUUUUCCUUGCGUUUCUGGUUCCUGUCCACCGCUUUUCUGCUGGUUUUCAUCAUGUCCCUCCUCUUCACCUACUCCCACCACAGCAUCGCCUACCUGGACCCCAACGGUUUCAAUGACCUCCAUCGGGUGAAGUUGGUGCCCGGCUACGCUGGCAUGCAACGCCUCAGCAAGGAGGGGCUCUUCAUGAGGGGCUGCUCCUGCCACAGGUGCAUGGUAGAGCCAGCCAAUUCUGAGUGGUUUGACAGCCGGUUUGACAAACGCAUAUCUCCGGUGUGGACCAAGGAGAACAUGGACUUGCCGCUGGAUGUCCAGCAAUGGUGGAUGAUGUUGCAGCCCCAGUUCAAGUCCCACAACCUUAAUGAAGUCUUGAGCAAGCUUUUUCAGAUUGUCCCCGGAGAGAACCCAUACUGCUCCCGAGACCCCCAGAAGUGCCGACGUUGUGCCGUGGUGGGCAACUCUGGCAACUUGAGAGGCUCUGGCUACGGCAGGGAAAUCAAUGGCCAUGACUUCAUCAUGAGAAUGAACCAGGCCCCCACAGUGGGCUUUGAAGCAGAUGUUGGGAGCAGGACAACCCAUCACUUCAUGUACCCGGAGAGCGCUAAGAACUUGCCAGCCAACGUCAGCUUUGUUCUCGUGCCCUUCAAAGCUCUGGACCUGCUGUGGAUUGCAAGCGCCCUGUCAACUGGCCAGAUUCGAUUCACCUACGCACCUGUGAAGGCCUUCCUUCGUGUGGACAAAGAGAAGGUUCAAAUCUACAAUCCAGCUUUCUUCAAAUACAUCCAUGACCGAUGGACAGAACACCAUGGGCGCUACCCAUCCACGGGAAUGCUGGUGCUUUUCUUUGCGUUACACGUUUGCGACGAGGUGAAUGUCUUUGGAUUUGGGGCAGACAGCCGUGGCAACUGGCAUCAUUACUGGGAGAACAAUCGCUACGCAGGGGAGUUUCGGAAAACUGGAGUGCACGAUGCCGAUUUUGAGGCCAGUAUCAUUGACAUGCUGGAGAAGACAAACAAGAUUGAUGUUUAUCGCGGCAACUGACCCCCCUCAAAACGACAUCUUCUAGCUUUGCUUUGGGGCUGGCCUUCAGUGGAUGGGCCAGUUGUGAUAGCUUGCUUUCUUGGGGGUGGGGGGCGGGGUGAGUUGGCUGCUGGAUCACCUCCUCCUUCCCAGCCCAAUGAGAUGAACCCUGGGUUAUCUGCACCCCAAGAAGACCCUGAGGAGCAAACUGGAACAUUUUGCCUCUGAAAGCAAUCAUAGCGAGGGAUUUUUUCUUAAAAGAGGAUGAAAAACAGAUUUUUUUUUCUUUUCCCAAAUCUAAUGGAUUUACAAAUGAAUUGAGUUUUUCAAUCAAGUUGCGAGCUUCCAGCUCCUGACUCCCCCUCCCCCUCUCCCCGCAUCAUGAAUUAAAACCAAAUGCUGCACUUUUGAAUGAGGAUAGAGAGCAGGAACAUGCGAAGCAGCCAAAGAGCAGGGUGAGGAAGAUUAGCCAGCUGUCAAUCAGAUUUUUCUCCUCUUUCCCCAAAGUCUCCAAGGGCUGCCAUUCAUUCUCCCUUUGCUGGCAUGCAUGAGCACGGACGAAUCACCAAGAGCAAGGCUUUUUUGGGGGCCAUCUUGGAAGCUUUGACUAGGAUUGCUAGAAGAAGCACUUAAAUCUUGAUAGACCUUUUUUUUUUUUAAAUGAACACACACAAUCAGCGUUCCUUUGAUAAAAUGACAAUUGCUUCCCACUUUCGCCCAGGGAAUUUAUUUUGUAACAAUCAGGUUUAAAAUGCAGUACAGAUUUGAUCAUAUUUGUGGUUACAAUCAUGUGGACUUUCAGAAGAAGCUUGCUUGUAAGAGCCAAGUAUUCUGUUUAUUGGAAGACUGAGGUUUUGGGGGCUGUAGGGAAAGAUGCGAGCGAAAGGACUCUGUCCUGGGUGAGCUGAGUGGCCGCCUGCAGGUAGCAUAGCUGGCCACUGGCAGUGAGAAAGAAGAGGAUGUCCAGCCUGGGACUGAAGAGGACACCAUGCCAAAGGCACUGAAAUGGGUAGAUCCUGUGACUUUUGAACCCUUCUCCCAUUCUUACCCACUUUCAAGAUUGCCAUCUUUUUGGGUUUGAGGGAGCGGGGGAUUUUUCUGUCUUGGCAAAUAAUUUCUUUGUGUUUUAACCCGUAAUCAAAACAGAAUUUAUUUUUUCCUCCUCUACCUCUACCUUGUUUCGCCCUGCGCUUUUGCUCUGAUUGUUCUUGGGAUGGUGAUGGGUGUGUGAUAAGGAAGGUGGGCUGCAGUAAGCUUCCUUCCAGAGCCCUGAUUUGUGCCUAGCUGAAGAGCUGAUUCUCUCCUCAGAGAGUUCUUGUAGCAGCGUGACAGCUAAGAGGCACUAGCGAUUCUUCCUUGAACCAUGUCAUGGCAUUUCUAUUUUGGUCCUUUCUUCCCUUUGCAUCAACAGCAG